CCAAGCUGCAGAGAAGUGCUGAAAGUCAUGUAUCCCACCCUGUCUGUUUCCCUGCUCUGCCAGAUCUCCUUCACCCUGCAGUUCACGCCCCAGGAGAUCGAUGUCUAUUGGAGGACCUGCAUGCAGCAGAAGGUUCCCACACCCCCUGUGCCUCUGAGGUCUGCCUUGAGGACCUUCAAAGCUCUCAUCAGACGGGCAAGUGAGGGGGAUCAGGCCCUCAUCAUGAAUAAGAGGAGGGGCUCGGAGCUCCUGCUGCAUCACGCGACUCACCAGAAAGGACUCACUCUUUUUGCCAGGGCACUAGUCAGAAACCAGGAGUGUGAAAAGAUGGUGCCCUAUCUGGUGGACAUUUUGGACUCCAAAGAGGAUAUACUACACAUCAUUGUGAUGACUUUCUUGGUUGAGCUCCUUAACCGGAAGACCUUUGAUGAUGAUGCAGAAGACCUCAUCAUCCACCAGCUGUGCAGGCAGCUGAAGGCAAACAGAGCUGAACUCAGGUCCCUUUCCCUCAGCGGCAUGCUCUACCUGAGCAUUUAUCCGCAGAAGAUGGCGAAACUGAAGCCAGCGCUGGCGAACAUCUUGCAAAGGCUGAAGGAGACCAACAGAGAGAUCAACAUCAAGGCGCUCAAAGUCCUGCCGUGUCUUUUGAAGACUCUUGCAGGCGAGGAGGUGAACUUCCACACCUUGGAGGUGGCUGCCAGGGUGAUCCCCCUGUUUGAUGAUGCAUCCCACAAAGUGAGGCUAGCAGCCAUCUCCACCUUCAAAGGGCUGUACGAGGUCAUCAAAAGGGGUGGCAAGGAGCAGAUGAAAGAGCUUGCCCUUCAAAGCCUGGUGCCUCUGAUGGUGCAUCUCCAGGAUGACAGCGUCCCUGUGACCAAGGCAUGCUGGGCUACUCUGAAGAGAACUGACCAGUUUCUGAAAUCCUUCAUCCAGUUGUCAAUCCAGGAAAGUGAAGUCCGGAGCUUCUGCACAAGGCUGGUAAAGCGCUACAGAGAACAAGGAGAAGGCAUCCUCGUGGAGCAAGCGUUUGCUUACCUGGAAAACCCCCGCAAAGCUUUGAGAGAUGAAGCGGUCAGACUGUUAGGCAAGCAUCAUCAACAUCACCAGCCCCCCUCAAUGUACAUGAAACCAUCGCUCAGGAGGCAAAGCACAAAGAAACACUUGAAGCCAUUGCUACUGUCCUGAAUCUUGCAAGCCUGAAUGCUAAACCAUCCAACAUCUACCUGGCAGCAUCUGGGAUUAUGGAGACAGUGGGGCGUGA